AGGCAAUAACUAGUGAAAACUUUGUCCUAAAGAAAGUUCCUAAACUAGUAAUAUAAUAAUUGAAUAACGCGCUUUCUCUUAUCUAUAUAUGUAUGCAUAUAUCACCUAGAUAUGAAUCACUAAGCAAAUACUACAUUUGAGAAAGAAAAUUAUACUACAAAUCAAUUAAUCAUGCUUUCUAUAACUCAUGUACCAGCUAUCAUUUUUUUUACGUUAAUCCUUCUUUACAAUUCAAAUGGACAAUUGAAUGCAACUUUUUAUUCUAACACAUGCCCAAAUGUGUCCUCCAUUGUGCAAAAUGCUGUCCAACAGGCUCUGCAAUCUGAUUCGCGAAUUGGCGCAAGCCUAACUCGCCUUCAUUUUCAUGAUUGUUUUGUCAAUGGGUGUGACGCAUCGAUUUUAUUAGACCAAGGUGGAAACAUUACACAAAGCGAGAAAAAUGCAGCUCCGAAUUUCAAUUCUAUUCGAGGGUUUGAUGUGAUCGAUACGAUCAAAAGCUCUCUUGAAAGUUCAUGCUCAGGCAUUGUAUCGUGUGCUGAUAUUCUUGCCCUUGCGGCCGAAUCUUCUGUGUCCUUGUCAGGGGGUCCUUCAUGGAAUGUACUACUUGGAAGAAGGGAUGGUCUAACAGCAAAUCAAGCUGGAGCCAAUAGCUCCAUUCCCUCUCCAUUUGAUACCCUAGCUAAUACUACAUCCAAAUUCUCUGCUGUUAACCUUGAUACUACUGAUCUUGUUGCAUUGUCAGGUGCACACACUUUUGGACGUGCUCAAUGCCAAUUUUUCUCCCAAAGAUUAUUCAACUUCAGUGGCACUGGAAGCCCAGACCCAACAUUAAACACAACAUAUUUAGCAACACUUCAACAAAAUUGUCCACAAAAUGGUAACGGUUCUACUUUGAACAACUUUGAUCCAUCAUCUCAAGACACAUUUGACAACAACUACUUCACCAAUCUAUUAACCAAAAUGGGUCUUCUCCAAACAGAUCAACAACUUUUCUCUACCAAUGGUUCUUCCACUAUUUCAAUUGUUAAUAGUUUUGCCAACAACCAAACAGCAUUUUUUAACCAAUUUGCUCAAUCAAUGAUCAAUAUGGGAAAUAUUAGUCCGUUGACAGGAAGUCAGGGAGAAAUCAGAAUCGAUUGUAAGAAAGUCAACGGAAGUUGAUCAGCAUUCACACAUUUCAGAUAUUGGUGUGAUUGUACGAUCUUCAUGAGACGGACAAAAAGAAUCUAAAUUUUAAUAUUAAUUAAUUGUAUAAUGCAAAAUACAGAGAUUGAAUUUGAAUUGUCUGGUGUGAUUUAACGACUACUGGUGUCUCAAAUACAGGAAUGCGGAAAAUAUGGCCAAUAGAGAGAGCUGGGUCCAAAACAAAGAAAUUAAGAGCAUUAUAUAUAUACCAUGUUUUUUUAAUCUUGCUGUUGUUAAUCAUGUUUCCAUGAAUAUGAGCUAUAGUUUUGUCUUUGAUGUUUUUGUGUACGUUAUAAUGUGGGACUUCAAAUUGAUAAAGAAAUUAAUAUAUGUGCCUCUUUUUGUGUAA